AUGGUUAAGAAUGUGAAUAACGUAAACUUGGAGCCCCUGGCUGGGACCACCCUGGCCUCGGACCAAACAGAGCCUGCCUGUAGUGAGCCUGCAAACGAUUCGCCGAAAGACCACGCAGCGGCACAACCCGGCAUGGUGUGGCGGGUAACUGGCGGCCUCUUCAACGUCACCAAAGGCGUGGUGGGUGCGGCUGUAGACGGCGUGGCAUGGGUGGGCGGCAAGAGCCUGGAGAUCACCAAGAGCGCUGUCAGUGCAGUGCCUGCCGCCGGCGCUGGCCUGGUCAAGGGGGGCGUGGCCGCCGUGGCUGGGGGCGUGUCCUCGGUGGGCUCCACCGUGGCUAACAAGGUCCCCUUCGUCGCCAAGAGGAAGGACAAGGCGGAGUGA